GAUUUUUACUGACAGUUCGCAAUACGACGUUUAAAUUCUGUUAUAAGCAUCGAUGGCACAUUUAAAAGUUUGAGAAAUGCUGGUCUCUUCGGGAUUUUUUUUUCUUUCUUUCUUUUUUCUUUUUUUUCUGACAUGAAAAUAAUUGUUGGUAGUCCUUACAACAUAUUUACCUGACACAACUAAUUUGCCAUUAUUACAGAAUUCCCAUUCGUAAAACUACAUAAAAUGGGCAACUGGCAUCUUAGCACUGUAAUAUCCUGUGACAUAAUAGGUUCAUUUGUCAAAGGCAGUCUGGUUCUGGCCGAUUUAAGGACUACGUCAGUGCGCAUUCAGGUCUGCGAUGGAGGCUCAUCUUGGAACACGUUUUUCUAGCUUCGUUUGUUUUCUAGGCUUCUGUUUGUUGCAAAAAAUUCCUGUUGCUGAGAACUUCCUGAAAGAGACUGAUGUACAAAUGAUCUGCACGGAAGGGAAUUUCUGCGCAAGGUAUGUGGCCGUUCCCACGGACGGGUCACAGGGCUUGGUGGCGGUGUGGGCGGGGAACGGCGUGGCUGUGACGGUCCUCGGUCGCGUCAACCUCAAACAUCCCGGCGACGUCACAGGCCGGCUGGAUGGACUUCAGCAUAGAAAAACGAGUAGAGGUACUAAGUAUUGUGUUCACUCGGAGUCGCAUCCUGGGCUGAAGUUCUGUGACAAGGAUGUGGAUCAGGUGACGUUUACUAGUAAUAUUCAGACGAUGUGGAGAUUUAAACCAAAGGCAGUGGCUUUGGGUUUAAUGGCGUCGAGGCCAAAGUGCAAGCAAUACUACGUCCUCUCUUUCCGUAUGGAUAUUGGGAGCACCCCGACGAAGCUCUUUUGGCAGCCCGGUAAAACGGGACGUUCCCUGAACAUCGGCUUGUAUCACGCUAAUGGUCGAUAUGACGAAUACCUAAUCGCAGAAAAAGCAUCAACGCGAAAUCUAUAUGACAUCACAUUUCAGCGUGCGUUCACUAAUACCUCCUGCGUUCUGAUGAGCUCGAGUCUCGAUAUGUCAAACACUUGUCUGCAGGACCAAAGAGAAGCAAAUAUAAUUUACUUUAAAAGCACUGACAAUUUCGGGUUAAAGGCACCCAGCUACAGUUCGCCUUUCUGCUCACCAGGAACAUUGAAGUUUAGCUUGGCUGUUACUCUUAAAUUCCUAAAAAUGUCAUUCGGUAUGAAGGGUGUAUCUAAAAAUUAA